AUGACCAGGAAAUGCAGUCAUCUUAACAGCGAAAGAGAUGAGAUUUUGAGGAAUUACGAGCUCCUGGUCAGCCGGAUCAUUUAUCCCCUCAGUUCCAAUGAUUCUCAAAUCAAGGUAAGCCUCGUGAUUACCAUACCAAUAUUGUUUUCAGCUUCUAAGUGUGCAAUGUUCACAAUGCGAACGUCGAGCGGUGCCACUGAUGUGCUGCUGUCUCAAGUGUCCAACAUUUGCUUGUCUCGAACACUUCAAACCUCAUUUAUUCGAGUCCAAACAUAAUCUGGGUAAGUUACCUUGGUCUUAUUUAUUCGGAAUUUAGUUGUUUCAACAACCUUCGGGCAAGUUUAUUGUCUGGAAUGUGAGGAUUUUAUCUACGAUCGGAAGAUAGAAAGAAUCCGAUUGAAAGCUGAGAAUGAUCAUCGUCGGAGGCUCGGAUUAGGUCUGAGGAAUGAAUGGAAUCCUUCUUCAGCUGAUGCCAAACUUCUGAGGAAGGCGCCAAAGGCCUAUCAUAUGUCUAAGGGGACGAUGCGAGGAUUGAGAGGACUUGUGAAUCUGGGGAACACUUGCUUUAUGAAUUGUAUUAUUCAGUCGUUGGUUCAGAUCCCUCACUUGCGAGAUUACUUCCUGACGGAUCAACAUACGUGUAAAUUUCAGCUAAAUGACAUUUCUGAAGAAAUUGAUGAGGAAAAUCUUUGUUUAAUGUGUGAAUUAUCUAAUAUUUUUCAAGUAAGUUUUUCUUAUAUCGAAAUUAUCAUUGCUUUCGUUUAUACAAUAAUAAUCCCUGAAGUAACAAUGAUGAUGUUUUCAGGAAUUUUAUAACGGACCUACCGAGCCAUUUAUACCUAGAAGAAUGCUGCAUUUAGUGUGGAAACACGCCGAACAUCUGGCUGGUUAUGAGCAACAUGAUGCGCAUGAGUUUCUAAUAGCAGCCUUAAACGUUCUGCAUCAACAUUCCCAAAGUUUAUCAAGUCAGCAAGCAGGUGUUGAGUGUAAAUGUAUAAUCGAUCAGCUCUUCACCGGACGAUUACAGUCCGAUCUGACUUGUAUGAAGUGCGGGUAAGUUAAUGUUUCGUUUUUUGCGAUGUUUUUAGUCGAAUCUCAACCACAGUCGAUCCUUUCUGGGAUAUCUCCUUGGAUCUCGGGGAUGGAACAUCUACUGAUAAGACAUUAGAAGAAUGCCUGGCAAAGUAAGAUUACAGGGUGCGGCAAAAAAAUGGAAACUUUUUUCAUUGGGUCCUGACGCGAAAAUUUUUAAGUGCAGCAAAAUUAUUUUCAUACCAUUAGAUUCUACGUAGUUUUCUCUCCUAGACCUUAUGAUUUCAUGUCGAUAUCGGUUUACUAACAUUCUUUUUUUGAAUGUCAAACCAAGGGACCUCGAUUUUGGACCUGUUUUUUAAGCUGAUCGAAGUGUUAAUUUGCCCGGUAUUGAAACGACGUUGUGUCCAAAGUAGUCACACAAUGCAAGGAGCUUGUUAGCAGUUUUAAGCGUCCAUUCAGUUUAAGAGAACGCACCGCCAACACUUCUGCCAGCCGCGAGGUCAUCGACAGCGAAAUCCGUCGAUUUCCAGAAAAAAUUGCCCGUGAGACCGGCAUCAGCGACCGACCAGUCGGCCAAAUAGCUAAAAAUCAGCUCAAGGCCUCCCCACGCAAGGUCUAAAAUGCCUAACUCCUCACCGGCAAGAUCAAGCCCGUACGCCUGAAAAAAUGCCGAAAAGUCAGACGUCGGGCCGCAGGUCCCCGUUGGGAGCGCGUACCCUUUGCGGUGCAAUGUUUGGCGGGUGCACAACCAACAGAACGUUAGAAUCCAAUCCGAUGAGGCCUUCUGUACGUUGGCUAACCACGAACACCGUCAAAAUCCGGGCCGUCGUCGCCUAAGGCGCAAUUCGUGCCAGCGGCAAGAAUUCCGAGAUUUUCGUGGAUCAAGAGGGCAAAAUUCUAGCGCCGCGCUAACCUCGAUUUCCUCAUGCUUCUGUUGGCUCAGUAGAACCUUGGCAGUCUAAAUUUGGCGUUACAACUAGACUCAACGCCGGCUCACAGGGCAAAAGCGGGUCAAGACCAGUAAUCGAACCGAUUUUCCCGAUUUCACCCCGUCUGCGAAAAGUGCGCCUGCUCGCCGGGUAUGGAUCCAAUGGGCUACAAUUUUUUUUCAAUUGAAAACCAACAUCUGUAGUACACGCCACAGAAGUUUGGAGUCGCAAAGUAAAUGUUGCGCCAAGAACGGGACCGAUUUCCCCGAAAAAGGCUGCGGCCAAAAGCCCAAAAUUUUAAGUCACGUUUGGAGCUCUAGAUCGCCACCAAAAGCAGCCAUGGUGAAACGGGUUGAAUAUGUUGUAAAUAAUGCUCUAUGUUAUUGAUGAUAACCGUUAUAUUUGCGGAAUUUUGAUUGCUAGGAAAAAUAUAGCUAUAAAAAUAAGUUUCCAUUUUUUUGCCGCACCCUGUAUAGUAUUUAUACAUGACUAUUUUUGAGUUUAGUUAUGUAAAAUCUGAAUCUCUGGGAGCCACAGCGAAGAUUAAAUGUGAUUCAUGUGGAAGUUAUGAGUCAGCGACGAAGAGAUUAACGUUAAAGACAUUACCAUUAGGUAUCAGCAACCGUCAUUAUUAUUAAUAUUACAUUUUAGUGGCCUGUUUCCAUCUUAAAAGGUUCGAACACACACCCCUCAACCGGCGAAAGAAAAUACGAAGUCCAGUGCGGUUUCCCGAACAGAUUGAUCUGAGCCCAUACACAACUUCAUAUUGUACUAGAGUUGAAAAUGGAAUUGGAGGGUGCGCGGCGAACGAAAUGCUGAUCCGAUCAAGUAACGUGUAAGUACGGGAAGGGUCCUGUUGAGUAUUAUUGAAUCAAAACAUUUUUUAAGGUUGAUGAUUUUUUGACGCUUGGUGAUUUUCUGAAAUUUACCGGUUUCCCCAAGUUUUGUAAUUUUUACGGUUUUAAAUUUGAAAAAAGUUACAGUAUUUUGGAAAUGAGGAUUACAAGACUUCUACAAAAAAGGAUAUUUUUUCCACGCGAAAUUGGGUGUUUUGAAGGAAAAUGUUUUUUUCAAUUGAAAACCAACAUCUGUAGUACACGCCACAGAAGUUUGGAGUCGCAAAGUAAAUGUUGCGCCAAGAACGGGACCGAUUUCCCCGAAAAAGGCUGCGGCCAAAAGCCCAAAAUUUUAAGUCACGUUUGGAGCUCUAGAUCGCCACCAAAAGCAGCCAUGGUGAAACGGGUUGAAUAUGUUGUAAAUAAUGCUCUAUGUUAUUCUCCAUGCCCUUUGCAGAUAUGAUCUCCUUGCCGUUGUAAACCACAAUGGGAACACUGAAAGCGGGCAUUACUCUUGUUUCGUGAGGCAUAACCAGGACCAAUGGUACAAAGUGAACGAUCAGAUCAUCUCUCCGCAAGUUCUGGAGAGUGUCCUCGUUUCCGAGGGGUACCUUUUGUUUUAUACCAAGAGCUUUAUCGAUUACGAUUGA